CCUCAGAGAAGAGGAGACCGAGUCCCCGCAGCAGUGCAGAGACUAUCACCUCUCAUCUAAUUUAAUUUGCAAGUAUUGGCUACUAACUAAAGGGGCCAAAGUGUGCUACAUCAUCACCAGCUUGUGUUUUGAAGACCUGACAGAAAAAAAGACAAAGAAAUAAUUUUGUAACGUGACAGCGGCAAACGUGACUGAUACUGCAACCGAAGCAGGAACAAGCAUCAGUAGCGACAAAAGCAAGGCAGAAGAAGCGUAGCGAGAGACUUAAAAAGCAAAAAAAGCAAAAUGACAGGAGGCGGGUGUCUGUUAGCGGCGCGUGCCUAAGCUAUAGCAAGAGAAGUAGCCCACGGCGUGAGCACUCUUCACUUGAAUAAUCAACGCUACUCGCGACAACACACUGUGCGAUAUCAGAGCAAGUAACACCUGACGCGCGCGAGAGACCCCCGACCAGAGGGACAAUAAUAUAUAUAUAUAUAUAUAUAUAUAUAUAUAUAUAUACUAAAGAGAGACUAGAUAUUUAUUUAUUUAUUUAUUUUACCCGUUAGUUAUUAAACAGGGUCUCGAGACUUUAAAAAGCAAGUGAGCUUGAGAGUUGUUCUCAUUGAAGAGGCGGAGACUGAACUUGUAGAGGCGCUCGCCUCAACUCUGUCUCCUGCAAAUAUGAUGAUGAUGUCUCUGAACAACAAGCAGGCAUUCAGCAUGCCUCACACCAGCUUGCCCGAACCCAAGUAUUCCAGUUUGCAUUCUUCUUCGUCGUCUGCUUUGACUUCAAGUGCACCCUCCUCAUCUUCUGCUUCUAGACACUGCACUACUAUCAGCAGCAGCAGCUCGGAGGCGAUGCGCCGAGCCUGUCUCCCAACCCCACCGAGCAAUAUAUUUGGCGGUUUGGAUGAGAGUUUGUUGGCCCGCGCUGAAGCUUUGGCUGCUGUGGAUAUAGUCUCUCAUCAGACCAAGAGCCACCAUCACCCUGUUCAUCACAGUCCUUAUAAGCCGGACGCUACCUAUCACACCAUGAACACUAUCCCUUGUACCACCUCUGCUUCUUCUUCCUCCUCAGUACCUAUUUCCCAUCCAUCUCAUCACCACCACCACCACCAUCUUCACCACCACCACCAGCCCCACCAAGCCCUGGAAGGGGACCUGCUCGAUCACAUCACCCCCGGGCUGGCUCUCGGGGCCAUGGCAGGGCCGGAUGGAUCUGUUGUCUCCACGCCAGCCCACCCUGGCCAUAUGGCAGGCAUGAACCCCAUGCACCAAGCAGCUAUCAACAUGGCCCAUGCCCACGGGCUGCCUUCUCACAUGGGCUGCAUGAGCGAAGUUGAAGCCGAUCCCAGGGACUUGGAAGCCUUCGCAGAGAGGUUCAAGCAGAGAAGGAUCAAGCUCGGGGUGACCCAGGCGGAUGUAGGGUCAGCCUUGGCCAACCUGAAGAUCCCAGGUGUGGGAUCCCUGAGCCAAAGCACCAUCUGCCGAUUCGAGUCCCUCACCCUGUCGCACAACAACAUGAUCGCUCUGAAACCGAUUUUGCAAGCCUGGCUAGAGGAGGCAGAGAAAUCACACAGGGAUAAAAUGAACAAGCCAGAGCUCUUCAACGGGGCAGAGAAGAAGAGGAAGCGCACCUCCAUAGCUGCCCCAGAGAAGAGAUCUUUGGAGGCUUACUUCGCCAUUCAACCCCGUCCUUCCUCUGAGAAAAUUGCAGCCAUCGCAGAAAAGCUAGAUCUGAAAAAGAACGUGGUCCGGGUCUGGUUUUGUAACCAGAGGCAGAAACAGAAAAGGAUGAAAUACUCUGCAUGCAUCUAGCUUAAUCUUUGACAAUUAAAAAAAUAGUGAAAGGUUCAAUAACUCUACACUGUUAGGAGAGACUCGAUUUGUAUAAUAUUUUGUAUUCACUUUUCAAUCAUCAAGGACUUGAACUCUGAAACAGAAUUAUUCGUCAUAUCCAAAGUGACUCAAAAUUGCACUCAAAAAAUAGAAACAAACUGACAUGUCUUUUUUCCUGAAAGGAUGUGGAAUCAUUUUAAAAGGAUCGUUUGACUGAGCAAGUAAGAUAAUUUUUUUUCCCCUUACAAUGCCUCACCAUUUUUUUUUUCUCAAUACAAACAAAUCUGGUUACGUUUAAGCACACUUUGAAGACAUUUGUUAUAGUUGUUAAAAAUAAUAGAUCAGAAAUCACUCAUAACUACAUAUGUUUAAAUCAAUGCAGCCAUUAUGCUUACACAUAUUGUAAGUUUGACUCGCAUGUAUAUAAAUUAAUUUUCAUUUUUAUUGUGAUACAAGCUGGUGUGUUUGUAAGGAGGAGACGAGAGGAAUCAGACAACCUCUGUUGCUCUCAGUGAAAGCUAUUAUUAGAUUACUGCCAAACAACCCCAUGUAAAUUAUUAAUUUAGACGUCUAUAUACUUAAUUUUGUGCUCAAUCUAAUUAAUUCUGCCUCUUUAAUUUUUAAGAGUGAUGGCAGAAUAAUAAAGAAACGUUAAAAGAAACGUUUACAAAUAACCAAAUAUUUUAAGUUCAAGCUGUGUCAAAAAGGGGGGAGAUUUUAAUAAUCGUUUUCUAUACCUUACACAAUAUCUAGCGUGAAAGAGGAAUUGAAAUGUUUGCCAGUUUUGGGUUAAAUUUGCCAAAAUUGUUUGUAUGUGUUUGUAAUACUUCUGCAAUAGCCUACAUUGCGUGGGUCUCAUUCCAUGAACUGUUUAUUGUGUGAGGUAAUGUUUACUUCAUUACAUAUUUAUUGGGAUUCCCUCCUCGUUUUUCUUGAGAAAAUCACAUUCUUAAAGCAAAUAAAAUGUGUAAAUUUUCGAAGAGAAAUAGCAGUUAUGUAAACUGUCUAGAAUACCUUAGACAUUUCUCUUUACAUUAGUAAAUUUACAAACCGAAAGGCAUAUUAGAUUAGUUUUCUUUUUUGUAUUAUUUUCCUUAUUUGUAUGUAAAGAUCAGCGUGUUAACGAAAAUGAUGGACUCUUAAGUUGUUGCUUGUUAAAUCACAUUGUUUAGUACUUUUUUUUUUUAAUAAUCGAUUUCAUGGAACUGUACUUGUAUAUUGUAAAUAUAUCAUUGGAACGAGUUGAUGAACACAUAGAUAUAUUCUUACAGAUGUUGCUGGAUUGCUGUUAUAGCAGAGACAGUUUGAAAACUUACUUUCUGUAUUGUCUUUUUUGGUUACUUGUCAAAUGCAAUUUGUAUUUAUUUAUUACCUUAAUGUAUCCUUUUAAGUUAUUGAAAUAUUGAAUUGCCACAUGUCUUUCAUUAAAGAACCGAUUUUAAAACGUU